UUAUCAGCAAGAGCUGGGACAGGAAAACAGAGAGAGAGAGAGAGAGAGAGAGAGGAAAAAUGGAUAACAUAACGGCAAGCGAGCUGGCGGGUUUUGGAGUUGGGGCUCUGCUCCUCUGCGCCACCAUUGCUGCCCCAAAGGUCGACGCUUUCAUCUCUGCCUCUCAGCGCAGUUCUUUGGGAAUGUGCAAGAGAUGUGGCAAUCUGAGGAUGAUAGCAUGCUCAAGAUGCAAAGGAGUUGGAUUAAUCAAAGAAGGAGGAGUGUUUGGUUUAAAUCUCAUUGAUGACUUCUAUGAAUCGGUUGGGGGUAGUGAUUCGAAAGUAAGAUCCAUUUCUUGCACCAACUGUAACGCUAGAGGUCAUUUUAGCUGCCCUGAUUGCUCUAAAACAUCUGUUUGAGUUUGUUUAAGUCAUCUAAAUUAAAAUUUUCUUACGCUAGUUGCGCUAUCUUAACAUGAUUUAUCAAUGUCCAAUGAUAUAGAGCAGGAAGUUUAUGAACCCACUUUAGACAGUAGAGAUAUAUAUACAUUACAAAAUCGUUUUUAUGUUGAUAUCACAGAUAAUGUAAUACAUGGAUAGUUUGCCAUCCAUGUCAAUUCUAGAGACUGCAUAUUUAUUACCCU